UAUAAUCAUCUUACAAUUGGUGAUAUUAACACAUAGGACACCUCUUCCUUGCAAAAUGAGGAUGUUCAUCGUUAUAGUCGGGUGUUGUAUGACAGCUGUAUAUGGCCAACAACAACAAGCCGAACCUUUAUAUCCACAAUAUCAAGGACCCGAGUGGGCAUUGGUAAAUGGGGGUAAUCCUAUGGAGAUGCUUGGAGGUCCAGGAGGUCAAGGUGGUCAAGGAGGCGGACUAGGAGGUCAAGGAGGUCAAGGAGGAGGGAAUCUACCCCUCUAUGAACAAUAUCUACCAGUAGGAUCACAAGGAGGAGGACCAAACAGUCCUAUUCAGGAAAUAUAUCUUCCUGGAGGAGGACAAGGUGGUGCAGGGAAUGGUCCACAAUUCGAAAUAGUAACUGGAUUAGGCGGAGGUCAAGGUGGCAAUCAAGGAGGAGGCCAAGGUGGCAAUCCAGGUUCAGGUCAUGGCGGCAAUCAAGGAGCCGGUCAAGGAGGUGGAGGCGGAGGACAAGGGAUGUCACCAUAUCCAGAACUAAUGAAUGGUCCAGGUGGCCAAGGAAAUAUGGGAGGACUUGAUCCUGCUCAGUUCGGACACCUCCCUGCUGACAUACAACAAUUAUUUGGUGGAAAUGGUGGUGGAAAUGGUGGUGGAAAUGGUGGUGGAAAUGGUGGCGGAAAUGGUGUUGGAAAUGCUGGCGGUGGUGGUGGUGGAGCCGGAAAUCUUCCUUUUGACAUAUCUCAAUUGUUAUCUGGAAAUGGAGGACAAGGUAAACAACAAGCCUACCUUAUCAUUCCUAUGGAUAAAAAUGCAGCAUUAGGACAAGGAGGUGGACAACAACAACCAAAUGGGCUCGAUCCUCUCUUCGCAGAUCCACUUGGACAGGCUUCACCGGCUGGUCAAAAUCCAGGUCAACCAGGAUGCCAAGGACAAGGUUGUGUAGAUCCUUUACUAGACCCAAUGGGAGGUCAGAGUCUACCCGGACAGGGUCAAGCUCCAGGAGGUUGCCCAGGACCAGAUUGUGGUCCUGAUCCAUUAGCAGAUCCUUUGGCGCUUGAUCCCUUAGGCGCAUCUUUAUCACCUGAUCCUAAUGGCCAAUUUGUUGAUAUUAUCGAUACAAUUCCACUACCAGCUGAUAAUGCCCCGAUGUCACAAGAUCCACCAAAUACAAAAUCUUAUAGUAAAUCUUAUGAUAAAAAGUCGUAUGGAAAAUCUUACGAAAAACCAAAGACUUACGGAAAAUCAUAUGAAAAACCAAAAACCUAUGCUAAACCUUACGCCAAACCAAAACCGUAUGGAAUGAAAUAUGAUAAACCCCGAACGUAUGCAAAAUCUUUCCAAAAGCAAAACACUUAUGCAAAGCCAUACGCUCAGCCAACAAAAACAUAUGGGAAACCAAGUUACGCCAAAAAAUCAUACGGGGUAGUAACGUACGGAAAGAAGUCAUAUGGCAAACCAAUGACAUAUGGAUUGUCUUAUGGAAAACCUAAACCAUACGGACAACCUAAACCAUAUGGACAACCUAAACAAUAUGGACAACCUAAACCAUAUGGACAACCACGUACUUACGCUAGAGUAUAUGCUAAACCAAGAACAUAUUCUAAACAAACAUAUGCAAAACCUCAAGCAUAUGGAAAAACUUAUAACAAAAAACCUACCUAUGGAUAUGCCAAACCAAAGUCAUACGGAAAUAGUUACAAAAAACGAAAGGGUGGAUAUUAAAAUGAACAAGAGAAUACAGAUGAAUACAGACAAUGUGCUUGGUUCCAAUUCAUGACAGUUUUUGUAUUAUCAUUUUUUUUUAUUGUACCUCAGUUUUAUUUAUACGAAUACAAUUUUGAAUGUUGUAUGUACUUUAUGUUUGCACGUGUGUAAAUGACAGGUUUAUAUAGGUUUUUACAAAUAAAUAAAUAAAUAAAAGUC